CACUCAAUAUAUAUAUAUAUUAGAUAUAUAAAAAAAUAAAAAAAAAAAAAAAAAAACCCAAAACAGAAAACAAUAAUUAUAUAUAAACCAAAAAACAAAAAUAAACCAGUAAACAAGAACUUUCUCCCCCAUAUUUUCAUCAACAAUCAAGAAAGCAACAAAACAAGAAAAUAAAAACCAUAGUACAAUUUUUUCUUUUAUAAAAUCUUGAUGCUUUCCUUAUAUAUUUUGUUGAUAGAUAAAUUUUGUUUAUUGGUUUUGUUAUAAUGGGAAAUGUAACAGCAGGUGUAGCUGCAAAAUUUGCAUUUUUUCCACCAGAACCAGCAACAUAUGAAGUAUUUAAAGAUGAAGAAGAAAAUGGAAGAGUUUGUUUUAGUGGAAUAACAGCUGAUAAAAAUGUGAAUGUUCAUUUAUUAGAUACAAAAGGUGGUAAUAAAAUUGUUGCAACAUUUUGGAAACAUCCAAAUGGAAGAUUUACACUUCUUUAUUCUCAUGGAAAUGCUGCUGAUUUGGGACAAAUGAUUGAUCUUUUUGUUGAACUUAGAGCUCAUCUUCGUGUUAAUAUUAUGUGCUACGACUACUCGGGAUAUGGUGGAUCAUCGGGUAAGCCAUCUGAGUUAAACACGUACUACGACAUAGAAGCUGUCUACAAUUGUUUGAAGAGCGAAUACAGCAUUAAGCAAGAGGAUAUCAUUCUGUAUGGACAAUCUGUUGGCAGUGGGCCGACACUACACUUGGCAUCUCGCUUACAGAGGUUAAGAGCCAUUGUUCUUCAUAGUGCUAUACUUUCAGGAAUACGAGUUCUAUAUCCUGUCAAGAUGACAUUCUGGUUUGACAUUUUCAAAAAUAUAGACAAAAUACAAAAAGUCAGCUGCCCGGUUUUAGUGAUCCAUGGUACAUCAGAUGAAGUUGUUGAUUUUUCACAUGGCAAGCGUUUAUGGGAACUUGCCAAAGAGAAAUAUGAUCCGUUAUGGGUCGAAGGUGGAGGACAUUGUAAUAUAGAGACAUUUCCUGAGUACAUUAAGCACAUGCGCAAAUUUGUUAAUGCAAUGGAGAAACACUCGUUUUCUAAACGAAACAAGGGACGGCUUUCUCAAGCCCCGAGUAUAGCUGAAUCCAAACACAACAGAUGCUUAAGAUUUGGAAAGAGACAAAAAUGAUUUGCUCUAGUUUUUGCUAAGAAAUGGAACCAGAAAAAAGGUUCGCGUUUGUUGCAGCAACAUUACUGAUUCAAGAACUGGCAGUUCUAACACCGAUGUCACCAACUCAAGAUUGAUAUGCUGAGCUCGUUUUCCCAUGUGCUAAAUAUCGAGGUGACACGGGUAAGAUUUAUACCAGUUCAUUACAGAUCGCUGCUCCCACGUGAUUAGUUUAUGUUGUCUGUUAAUGUAACAGUGUGUAUUAUCCCGGAAAAGAUUAUGGUUAGAACUUUGAUUCAACUCUGUGUACACUAGGAUUCUCAGUGUUUUAUGUAGAUAUCACCUUUCUUGGCAAUAGAGGUGCAAAUUUAUUUGCUGUA